AUGACCCACGAGGCUGUCUGGUUCUCCCACCCGCGCAAGUACGGCAAGGGCUCGCGCGGAUGGCAAGCUGGUUUGAUCCGCAAGUACGGCCUCAACAUCUGCCGUCAGUGCUUCCGUGAGCGCGCCGACGUUAUCGGUUUCGCCAAGAACCGGUAA